GCCAACGCGUUUGGUCACCAGCUCUCUCUCUCUCUCUCACUCUCUUUCUCUGUCUUUUCUUCAAUAUCUUUCUCCCAUUCACACUUACGCUCUCACAUUCACGCUCUCUCCGCGCCUCCCAUUUGUCGCUGCCCCAUGCGGAAAAGUGUGAAAAAGUUUUAGUAGCAAGCAGCGGCUCGGCUCUUAUGUAUACACCAGCCGCACGGACACCACAGCGGCUGCAACAUGUUCUUGGCCGUCAACCAGAGUCUGCACAAUGCCAGCAAGAAGAAGAAGAAGCGACGCUCCAUUCAGCAGGAUGAGGACGAGACCGGCUCGUCCAGCACAGCCAACAGCAGUGAGGCGAAGCCACCGCGGCGCCUGGAGUCAGCGGCCUCCAGUGACCAACUGGUGGGGGACAGGGCCGCGUCUGGCGGUGCCAACAAGGCGGUUACCUCCCUGGUGCUCGUCUACAUCUAUUUGGGUGCCCUCACCCUGAUCCUGGCCAGCCUGGCCAUCGUCUUUUACACGCACACACAGCAGGAUAGCGACGCGGCGCCAACGCAGAGCAACUCGAGGCUCUUUCGCGCACAGUUCCAGGCGGAGUUGCAGCGAUCCGAGGAUGUCCUGCGAGCGAUGCUCAGCCGGAUAGCCGAAGCGGAUCAUGAGCGGGAAACGGGCACCGCCAGCACCACGCGAAAGAUGGCCAGAGGCAGCGGCGAGGUGAAGAACGAGCGCAAGUUCACGGACAACCUGAUCGAUGGGCACGCCCCGCGUGCGACGGAGGAGCAGCGAAUGCGAAUGCGGAUACGGCGGGACGUUGUCUCGUCGCCGGCCUCGAUGCACGCACUUGCAGCUGAUCCACUGAUCGAGUUCUUCAAUCCGAACCACCGCAUGGCGCUCGAGGAGCAGGACACUGAGAUCCGCAAGCGGACAGGCCAGAAGGGUGCCGCGCCCGGCGGCGACGAGUGGAUCUAUCUGAACACCUACUGCCGCGUGCCCGAGAAGAUUAUCACGGGCUUCUGCAAGGGCACCCAGGACUACUGUCCGCCGGCGCCGGUGGGCCCGCCGGGCGAGUCCGGCCCCAAGGGCCUAACCGGCAAUCCCGGCCUGCCCGGCAUACCCGGCCCCAAGGGCAAUCGCGGCGAUGUCGGCCUGCCCGGCGCACCCGGCGUCGAUGGUGUCGGCCAUGUGGGGCCGGCUGGUCCGCGUGGGCCCAAGGGCGAUGCGGGCGGCGUCGGACGGUCGGGCCUGGACGGGCGCGACGGUGUGCCCGGCGAGCCGGGCCUGGAUGGCGUACCGGGGCGAGCGGGCGCCGAUGGCAAGAACGGGCAGUCGGGACGCGACGGCAAGGAUGGGCUGCAUGGCAAGGACGGCAAGGAUGGGCUGUCCAUAACGGGGCCGAAGGGCGCCCAGGGCCCGCCCGGCGAACGUGGACUCAAGGGCAUUGCGGGUCCGCGCGGUCGUCCCGGCAAGCCGGGCACCAACGGCACGCCCGGCGUGCCCGGCAUCAAUGCAUGGAAGAUGCAGUUCCCCAAUGGCAGCUCCUCGAACGAUCUGCUGAUACCGCCCUCGAUCACGGAUCUGCAUGCGCCGGACUUCCAUCGCACGGUGAUUGUCGAGGAGGGUCGAUCCCUGAAUCUCAGCUGCACGGCCACCGGCAGUCCCCAGCCGCAGGUGGAGUGGCGCCGCGAGGACGGCCGCACCAUCAACGUCAAUGGCAUGGAGAUGGCCUCCAUCAGCGGACAGUUUCUGAAGUUCACCAACAUCACGCGGCACCAGAUGGCGGCCUACACGUGCUACGCCAACAAUGGGAUUGCACCCGUCGCCAAUGCGACCUUCAUUGUGGAAGUUCACUUUGCUCCCAUGAUCUCGGUGUACCGACAAAUGAUCUACGCGGAGUACCAGAGCACGGCCACGCUGGAGUGCCUGGUGGAGGCCUUCCCCGAGGCCAUACGCUACUGGGAGCGGGCCUACGAUGGCAAGAUACUGGAUCCCAGCGAGAAGUACAGCAUUGAAUCGUAUCCAGAUGGUUUCAAAACUUCGAUGCGGCUGACCGUUAAUAAUCUGCGCAAGGACGACUUUGGCUACUACCACUGUGUGGCACGCAACGAGCUGAAUGCCACCAUGGUCAACUUUGAGAUAGCGCCACAAGAUCCGAACAGUGAGACGCCCUAUGUGGGCAACAGCAUCAAGGUGUAUGGCCAGCGACCGCCGGAGAGCGAGUGUCCCGUCUGUGAUCAGUGUCCGGACCCAAGCCUGUACCAGUGCAAGGAUUCCAUACUGAACAACUUUGAGAUCCAGCCGACAGGCAAUCUCAGCUAUCCGGGGCUGCCCAAGCGACCCAAGACCUGCUAUCUGUAUGCGGUGGGCAAGCCCGUGUUCCACAAGGUCGUUAACGAGAAGUUUGGCGCCUGGCUGCGCGACCCGGCGCCCGAGAGCGAUCGGGAGAAGACGUUCGUCACGAACGAGAAUGAUCCGUACAAUCUGUUUGAGUUCACCACGCGGAUACAGUACCGCAUGAACAGUGUGCCCAGGCGCAAGUACGAGAUACCCGAGGGCUUUCAUGGCAACGCUCAUGUGGUGUUCAAUGGCUCGUUCUACUAUCACCAGCGGAACUCCGAUCUGGUGGUUAAACUGGAUCUGACAAGCCUCAAGAAAAUCACCACACAAUUGCCGUACGCGGGCGUGGCAGCCUCCAACCGACUCUACGCAACGGACUUCAAUUUUAUGGACUUCAAUGUGGACGAGGUGGGUCUGUGGGUCAUCUACAGCACCUACAACUCCAACAACACGCUGGUGGCAAAGUUGGAUGCGGAGACCCUGAAGAUGCAGUACAACUUUAAUAUCACACUGGACCAUCAUCAGUUCGGGGAGAUGUUCAUUGUGUGCGGCAAUCUGUAUGCCAUCGAUUCGGCCACCGAUAAGAAUACGCAGAUCCGAUAUGUCGUCGAUCUGUACAAGGGCAAGCUGCUCAAUACGAAUCUGCCGUUCUCGAAUCCCUUCAGCCACACCACCACCGUUGGCUACAAUCCCCUCACAGUGGAACUCUACUCGUGGGACAAGGGCAACGCCCUCACAUAUCCCAUACGCUACAAUGAGCAGCGCCUCAUCUCCGACAACAGCUAGGAGCGAGAGCCAUAGAUCACUUAACUACCAUAUGCCCGGGCUCCCAAGGGAUCUGGCCACAGCUCAAAUCUAAUAUAGAUUCUAAGGCACACAAACACAAACAAUAAAUAAAUGAGAAUUGUUUUUUUUUCCAA